AUGGCAGUUCCACAACUAUACUAUUUUGAUCUCCGAGGAUUUGGAGAAUACAUUCGUCUUCUCUACCUCGAUAACAAAAUCGAAUUCGAGGAUAUUCGUUACAAUAUUGGAGGUGAAGAAUGGCCAGAGGUCAAGAAAAAGAUGAUCUUUGGACAAAUGCCAGCACUCAAGCAUAAUGGACAAGAGAUUGCUCAGACCGGAGCCAUUUUGCACUUAAAUGGAUCCAAUGAGGAAGAGGCAACUUUCCUCGGCAUGUUCUUUGAAGGUGUUCGGGACUCUCGAAUGAAAUACGUUCGCUUCAUCUAUGUUGACGAAGAAACACGCGAGAACCUCGUCCAAAAGACACUUCCAGAGCACCUCGCCAACUUCGAGAAGCUUUUCAAAAUCCACUCCGGAGACUUCAUUAUUGGGAACAAGACCAAUUAUGCUGACUACAUUCUUUUUGAGGAACUCGACGUUUAUCAUCACUUGGACGCCAAAAUUCUCGACAAGUUCCCUUCUUUGAAGGCAUUCUGGGAGAGAAUGUGGAAGAGACCAAACUUGAAAUCUUAUUUGGAGAAACGGGAUGCAGAUAGAGUUUUCAUCAAUGCAAUCGAAAAAGGACUUGAUUAA